GAAAGAGACGUCUAUCGCCCCGUUCUCGCUUUCCCGUCAGACGGCGGCAUCAUUGGCAUCUGGACUUCGCUAGGGCGCUGAACCAAGUGCAUGCGCCGCAUGUGAAGAGCCAGCCCCAUCACCACUUCGGCACUUUAUUUAGCCUUCUUUCCUUCCUCAAUGUUCGACCUCACGCGCCUGACAUCUUGAUCGCCCGACUGCCUGGUCGAACACUGCUACGAUCGCGCAACACACGACCACCCGAAUUCAAGGCCCAGCAACAUGGAGAAGUAUGGUCAAUAUCGAGACAAAGGCAGUGGCAUAGCACCAUUCUUUCCGGUUGCACCUCCAUCCAGCAACCCGCUGAUUGCGCCGUAUCAUGUGUUUCUGUUCUUCUUGAGGCUGCCGUUCUUCAUAUUUGCUUGGGCUGUCUGGCUACUGAUUGUCCAAUGGGCGCCGGCUGGGAGUAUCCUACGCAAAGCCAAUUUAUGGUGCAUUAUCGGAGUUCCAGGAAUCUGGUUCGUCGACAUCCGAGUUGAUGGAGUACAUCGAGGCUCCUUGGGGAAAACUCUAGCCAAGCUUCCGACUCCCGGCUCGAUCAUCGCGGCUUCGUACACAUCACCCAUCGAUAUCGUCUACUUGGCUGCCAUCUUCGACCCGAUUUUUGUACAAAGCUUUCCGGGAACGACCAAAGUCAAGGCAGUCUCCCUCGUCUCUGCUGUGCUAUCAUGCUUUGUUCUGAACCCAUCUUCGGAUGGCAGCGUCGAGCUGUCCCGACUCAUGGCGGAGAAUCCUAGCAGGACUUUCGUUGUUUUCCCGGAGGGCACGACCAGCAACGGGCGAGGCAUAUUACGCCCGACUCCUUCGCUCCUGUCCGCCGGCCGGGCUACCAGCAUCUUUCCAGUGUCGCUCAAGUACACCCCGUCGGACAUAGUAACGCCGAUUCCAGGCUGGACCGAAGCCUUACGAUUCCUGUGGAAACUCAGCUCUCGGCAGACUCACUGCAUACGUGUGCGCGUGGGAUUACCCCUUACCAUCGCCCAAGUACAGCGAGACGAGAAUGGCAGCAGGGAAGCACGGCCGCGCCAGCAAAGUGGCUAUGACACUAAUUUCUUCGACAGCUUGAAAGCAGCAGAAACCUCUGCAGCGCAUGGAGAGCCAACAGAAUCGGAACAAAAGGUGCUUGAUGUUAUUGUGGACCAGCUCGCUCGGCUUGGUCGCGUCAAAACUUUGGGCCUGGGCAUCGAGGAGAAGAUCGAUUUUGUGAAUGCUUGGACUGGCAAAACUACCAAAUCCAAGAAGCGUAGGUAGUGGAGACAUAUGUUGCCGAGGCCCGCGAAAAAGCAUCGCCUAAAACGCAUGCAAGCUAUGAGAUACUGCUGAUAACGAUGUAUAGUUCAGAAUACCCAAAUAACGAUUGAAGUUGCACAGUCACUGGAGA